AUGUAAUUCUGUUGGUUAACCUUUUUGACUUCCUUAGAAAAAUAGCAGUAUGGCGCUGAGCACCGCCAUGAUCAGGGCCAGUCCCACCACCCCUCAGGAAGAUCGAGUGAAAUUGAGAGAGGAGGACUGUGCGGGCGCUUUUUUUCAAGACUAUUCUGGAAACUUUCUUGAGCCGUCCAUGAGCCCAGAGGUUAAUCAUCCCACUCCGUUCAAAGCUGAUCAUCCUAGUUCCGAUGUUAUGUUGCUGUUGGACCGCCCGCGAUCAUCAACAUCAUCUGCUCCUCUUUCGAGAGGCGCUCACUUCAGUGCGCACUCCGCCCAACAACACUGCCUGGAUGGAGAGGCACCCCCACAUCUGCCCAGUCAUUUAGGCGGGUGGCAUGGAGGAGGUCUCAAUCCUCUGUAUCUCAAUCCUGCUCAAAUUCAGAACCCACACCGGUGUUUCAGAAAACCUUACAGCCAGCAAGGAAUUACACAAUGGGUGCCCCCAGCCCCUAUCACUGAUAUUGGAGGCUCAGUGGUUGUGCCCGAUGAACGUCUUAAAUUCCCCGGUCCUUGCUGUGUGGGCAUUGCCUCCCAGAUACCCCUGAGUAUAUUCAACCCCACGGAUCGUUGGCAGCAGGGCGGCAUCUCCACUGCCAGUCAGUCUAUUGACGGCCAGCAGGUACUGCUGAUGGAUCUCCCAGCUCCUGAGCUAGCCCCUGACGAGAAGCCCCUCAUUGAUCUGUCCAACACCCCAGACAUCAUCAGAACGACCUCUAUGAAGCCCCGCGGAGGACAGUUAAUUGACCUCAGCUCACCGCUCAUAAAAUGGAGUCCAGAGGACAAGAAAGAAAAUGUUGUGAAGGAGGGUCGGCUCAUAGACUUGUCCUUCUAACUGGGGUGUGUAAUAUCACCAGCGCUUAUUUGAUCAAGAAAUCCUGGAAAAAAAAUACAGUAAUAUAAUGCAGAAGCUUUCACUUUGUAACCAUGAUGUGGUUCACUUUUGUUUUUAACUUAUGCAGAUUACUGUACUGUCAGUGCAAUAUUUUAAUGUGAACAAUUUCCAACGUUAUUGCAGGUACAGCCUUUUGAUUUAUUUGUAUCUGUUUCUUUGUAUAUGUCUGUGUGCUGGUUGUCUUGAUUUUCUCUGAAUGUACAAAUAAAUGUUAAGAAAUCGGUAAAAGGUUCUUUUCU